CACCGGCCGCCGCUCAGCACUCGGUCCCGGUCGCUCGUACUGGGUUCUUCUUUUUUUGGCGACAUGUUCCCGCUGCCCAUGUUCACGGCCGAGCAGGUGGCCCGCGUGUGCGAGAACCUGGAGGAGACGGGCGACAUUGAGCGCCUCGGCCGCUUCUUGUGGUCCCUCCCGGCCGGGCAAGCCCUGAACCGCCACGAGUCGGUGAUGCGGGCGCGAGCCCUGGUGGCCUUCCAUCGGGGCAACUUCGAAGCGCUCUACCAGAUCUUGCAAAGUCAUCGCUUCACACGGGAGUCCCACGCCAAGCUGCAGGACCUGUGGCUGGAUGCGCACUACCGGGAGGCUGAGAGGCUCCGAGGCCGACCGCUGGGUCCGGUGGAGAAGUACCGCAUACGCAAGAAGUUCCCCUUGCCCCGAACCAUCUGGGACGGCGAGCAGAAAACUCACUGCUUCAAGGAGAGGACUCGCAGCUUGCUGAGGGAGUGGUACCUCCAAGAUCCUUACCCCAACCCAUCCAGGAAGCGCCACCUGGCCCAGGCCACGGGACUCACGCCCACCCAGGUCGGCAACUGGUUCAAGAACCGGCGGCAACGAGACCGCGCCGCCUCCGCCAAAAGCAGGCUGCCGCAGGACCCGGCCCACCUUCCCUCAGACCGUCCCCGUUCAUUGGUCUCCUCCCCGAGGAACUUGGGCAGCCCCGAGGCCAGCGACGGCAGCACGGGGACCGAGCACAGGGGCACCGGCGCCUCCACGCCGGACAUCUCGGUCAGCAGCGACAGUGAAUUCGACUCAUGAGAUGACGCCGCACGAAAGACACCGUGGACUUCUGGCGGGGGCUUGGGCCGUGCCAUGAUGUCACAAUUUCGAAUUUGGAAAAAAACAAAACAAAACAUCAUGCACUUAAUCAAGCUCGACAGCUAUCUCAAAAUAACGCCUCUCUGUUCUUGAAGUGUUUCUUGUUGCUCGAUCCGGCAGCACAGUGCCUGGCUCCGCAGAGGUGGCAAACGUACGAACAAUCUGUAUUUAGUAGAAGUAUGGAUACGCUGUAAAAAUAAAAAAAUAAAAAUAAAAAUUAGAUGUCCUCCGCCAGAGGGCGACAUUUCCCCGUUAGCGCUCUAGCUAAUUGAUUUUUAAUGAAGUAUUUUUAAUUUCGGUUAUAUACAUUAGUCAUUUUGUUAACUUGACAUAAUGGGGAAAAAUCAUUUCUGCACAAAAAUAGUUUCUCUCUUUUUUUAUCAACUUACAUCAUGUUUGUACUAUGUUCGUUUUGUUUUCAAUUGUCAAUUAUUUGACUGGUUCUUUUUAUCACAAACGAAAUAUUUAGCUUGCAUUACCUGACAUGUUUCAACUAGUACUUCCGCCUUCGUGACACUCUGAUGAAGGCGAAAGUACUAGCCGAAACAUGUCAGGCGAUGCAACCUAGAUAUUUUCUUUGGGAUAAAAGAACCAGUCAAAUAACUUACAUCAUGCGUAUACUUAAAUAAAAGCUCACGAGGCUAAACCAAAUCUUAUGAUACUUAUCCAGAAAAAAAAAGUUUGUUGUUGGGAGCUAGCAAGCUCCAAGCACAGUGAGCAUGUCACUGCCUUAAAAGGAACUCAGGGAACCACUGAUGUGUGUUGGUUGACCUGCUGACAUCAUGUGAUGUGUUGUUUAAACCGCGCCCGCUACGUCGAUGACACGAGGAGAGCCGCCUCGGAGACGUGGACCGCCACCGGUGGACUUUCCUCCGCAGCAUUUGAGGGGAAGAAAGAAAGAUGGUUUAAUGUCAAUAAA